CUGGAGGCAGAAUACUGCCCGCCAUUGGAUCCUGCAUUACUGUCUGCCAUUGUAUUAGACUAUGACCUUGAGGAUUCAGCCGCAUUGCAAACUGCGCGACGGACAUUAGAUGAGUUGAAAGAGUCCGCUCUUGUAGAAGAAGCAGCAGGCUUUGACCCUUCUGGCACCGGUGCGCAGGAUGUGGACCAUCCCAAUAGCAAGCGCGCACAGUCGCGGUCGGAGACCAACGACUCUGAAACGGCCGAGACAGAUCUCUCGAGCCUCUCGAACAGACUGUCUACGUUUGAGCUGGAAGACUUCGCGACUAGUUCUGAAGGGCCUGUCUGCAGUGCGGAGGAGUUAGAAGGCUUGGACGAGGAGACGAAACUCCGGCUUCUGCAGGAUGUCUUUGCUGGGAAAGUGUCCACCUACAGCAUUGCGCACACUUUGCGUAAGUGUAGUGGCAGAUGGCAGGCAGCCAUGGAGGAGCUGUUAAACCAGGUCUACUUCGAAGAGGCAGAAGACAGCGAGACAGGCGCAAAGGUCCCUGUGAAAGGCAUUGAGGCUUUCUUUGACGAAGGCGCGUCGAAGCACAGCCAUAAGGCCAAAUCGAAAAGCAAGCGCUUGAAGCAGCUUGAUACUCGUCGAGCCACUUCGUUGCCAGUGUCGCCUUCCCAGUCACCCGUGCAUACUCCGAACAAAUGGCAGACAGCAAGCGAUGAUGUGGAUUUUAUUGCGUCUAGAACGCGCAUAUCCUCCACAACCGUGACAUCUGUCUACAACGAAAAGGGCGCCUCUGUGCCACAAACUAUAAGCGCCCUGCUCAAGCUUACGAUGGAGGAGAGCAAACACAUUGUAACAGACGACACGGCAGUUGCCGCGCAUGCGCGAGACCUUGGUCACACCUUCCCAACUAUCGCGCCGUCUUUCUUAGCGGCUAUCAUCCGCUUGACGCAUCCUUCGACUACUGCCGCGUUCGAGCUCGCCGAAGCUCUAACGAAGAAACCUCGGUCGGUUGAAGGAGGCGGCAUCCAUAUCAUUCCACGCUACGUUGCCCCUUCCACAUCAGACGACGAUUCAUACCAACCUGCAGCGCAGAAGACGCGCAAGCGAGAUGGCAUUCAAUGGAGCGACGUCGAUAGUCCUCCUGCAGCUGCCCAAGCAAUUGCCUACGCAUCUGCACGAUCAGCAGCCUUCUCGCAAGCGAGUGCCGCCCACCGUCGAGCCAAGUCUGACCGCCUAAUGGGUGGCGCAGCGGCAUACUACGGACAGCUGGGCCGCGAAUACGGCGCGCGGACGCACGCCGCUUCUGAAGCAGCAGCUGAUGCACUCGCCGCCGCUCAAUCGAGCGCCACACAAGUGGAUCUGCAUGGCAUUGAUGUAUUGAACGGCGUACGCAUCGCUUUGGAGAAAGCGGAUGAGUGGUGGCAGGGUCUCGGCGAAAGCCGGACUAAUGGUAGGCUGGGCGCUACUGAGCGAUCAGCUGGGUAUCACAUUGUCGUAGGUCUGGGUCGACAUAGUGAAGGCGGCAAGGGGAAGCUGGGGCCUGCGGUCAGCAAGGCAUUACGGAAUGAGGGAUGGCGGAUCGAGCCAGCCGGAGCUGUGAUAGUAGUCAAAGGGAAG